UAUUUUCAGUCUUCAUUUCUUCUUCUUCCAUAGUUUCUUGCUAAAUUAUUAAAAAAAAGUUUCUAAAUUCUAGCUAUUUAUUUUUAAAAUGAAUGAAAAGAAAGCUUAUUUAGCAGUGUUUUUAGUUCAGUCAAUUUAUGCCGGUAUGUUCUUGAUCUCCAAGGCUGCUUUUAAUGGUGGAUUGAACAAUUUUGUGUUCGUUUUCUAUAGACAAGCAACUGCUACAAUUUUCUUGGGGCCUGUCGCUCUGUUCUUGGAACGGAAAAAUAUUCCUCCUAUGUCAUUUGUUACAUUUUGCAAGCUUUUCCUGCUCUCUUUAUUUGGGGUUACUUUAAGUUUGGAUAUCUAUGGCAUAGGACUUGUGUACACAACUGCAACUCUGGCUGCUGCAACUACUAACUGUCUUCCCGUCAUUACUUUUUUCUUGGCCCUUUUGCUCAGGAUGGAAGUGUUGAAAUUGAGGACAUCUGCAGGUAAAGCAAAGGUAAUAGGGAUAGUUGCAUGCAUAGGAGGUGUUGCAACACUUGCAUUUGUGAAGGGUCCUCAUUUCAAACAACUGUGUCACUAUCACAUUUUUGGAAUCCAUAAUACCUAUCAACCACAUGUUUCAUCUGGCCUUACUUGGGUUAAGGGCUGCUUUCUCAUGCUCAUGUCCAAUACUUUUUGGGGUUUGUGGCUUGUCUUGCAGGUAGGAGUUUUGAAGAGCUACCCAUCAAAGCUUCUAUUUACGACAUUUCAGUGCUGUCUAAGUUCAAUUCAAUCAUUUGUCAUCGCCAUUGCUUUAGUAAGACAUCCUCAUGAAUGGAUGCUUGGUUGGAACGUUAAGCUUCUCGCUGUACUUUAUUGUGGAAUUUUGGUGACGGGUGUUACAUUCUACAUACAAUCUUGGAUUGUAGAGAAAAAAGGGCCGGUCUUCUUGGCCAUGUCCACGCCUUUAAAUUUAGUCUUAACAAUCUUCUGUUCUGCAGUUCUCCUCUGCGAGACCAUUACUCUCGGAAGUCUUUUGGGCGGGCUGCUGUUGGUUGUAGGUCUCUACUGUGUUUUAUGGGGAAAAAGAAAAGAAGAAAAAAUAAAUGAGAAAAUUUGCAUGACAAAUCAAGUUGACAAAGAAUUCUCAGAGUUGAAACAAGUCACUCAUUUAGAUGUUAAGGACCAAUUGCCCGUGUAACAUGCUGAGGAUUACAUAUAUCAUUGUUAUUCAUGAUAGGAAAAUAAAUCUUUUAUGUCAUGAGAAAAAAAUCACCUCAUAAAUCUAACUAUAUAUAAAUUUUGCAUUUAUCAAA